AUGCAAAAAUCAAAGAAGACUCAUAAGGUCCUACUAUUGGGAUCUGGUCUCAUGACACCAGGACUUGUGGACUAUCUAGUCUCAUUCAAGGACACUCACAUUACUGUGGCAAGCAAUAUCUUAAAGGAUGCAGAAGCUGUUGCUAAAAGACACCCAUAAUUCAUUAAAGCAGCACUUUUAGACAUCUUUAGUGAGAAAGAUUUAGAUGCGAUUGUGAGCCAGCAUGAUGCAGUAAUCUCAUUUGUACCGCCACCUAUGCACCUUCCAAUCUUCAAGUCAUGCUUAAAACUAAGCAAACACCUGACGACAUCAAGUUAUAUUUCUCCAGAAAUGGAGUAGCUACACGAGGAAGCCAAAUAGAAAGGACUCAUUUUCCUCAAUGAAGUUGGAUUGGACCCUGGCAUUGAUAUUAUGAGCACCAUGAAAGUUAAAGAUGAAGCAGAGGCUCAAGGAUAUAAAGUUGUGUCUUAUGAAAGCUAUUGUGGAGGUCUCCCAGUAGCUGAAUAAGCUGAUAACCCUCUAGGUUAUAAAUUCAGCUGGAAUCCAGGCGCUGCCAUUAAGGCUUCAAAGAAUAGAGCAACUUUUAAGAAAGGAAAUAAAGUAAUCAUUAGUGUAUUUUACCUUAAAUGCUAGGUUGUGGUCGUUGAUUCACCAUUGAAGGUAGUUGAGGAGAGAAAAGACAUCUCAGUAGCAAUGAAACUUGAAGUCUAUCCUAAUAGAGACAGUCUUAGCUUCAUGGAAAGAUUUGGGAUGCAAAACUGUGAAACUUUCAUCAGAGGAACUAUUAGAUUUUCAGGCUUUUCGAAUGUGAUCUCAGCUUUUCACGACAUUGGACUGACAUCUGAUGACCCAGUCCCUGAUGGUGUUAAGACUCUCAGAGACUUAGCAAACUCUAAGUUCAGAGGAACUGCAUUAGAAGACAUGAAGAACUCUUAACCUGAAGGACUAGAAAUCGUUAAAACACUGUGUGGGGAUUUAGAUGAGAAAGAUGCUGACUAUCAAUUGAUUAGAAAGUUCUGUAAUGUCGAUGUUAAACAUAUCAAUCAAGCAGAGAGAUCUGAUUUUUACCGUUAACUAAUAAAGACUAUCAGAUUUUUAGGCUUCUUUGAGAAUGACUAACUCGUAACUAAGACAAAGGAUGGCAAACCAAGAAGCUAUUUAGAUGCAUUCGGUGAUGUAAUGGCUCACAAGCUAUCAAUGACAGAUGAUGAUAGAGAUUUGGUGGUUAUGAGGCAUAACUUUGUGAUUGAAGAUAAGAAUAAGAAGAGAUGGAAUCACUAUAGCACUUUGAUUGCCUCAGGAAAUUCAAAGAAACAAGGAGGCUAUACAAUUAUGGCGAAGACUGUAGGUUGCACUGCAGCUAUAGGCAUGAGACUGAUUCUUGACGGAAAAAUCUCUCAGAGAGGAGUAUUAAGCCCAAUAACUAAGGAAAUAUAUGAUCCUUGUCUAUAGGAGUUAGAGAGACUCGGAGUAGUCAUGGUUGAGGAGUCUGAGAGGUUCAAGACCACAAUGAGACACAAGUUGAUCUUUAAAUAAUUAUUUUCUUAUAAGUUUGAAGUCGAACAGAUGGACGGCGAUUAAGAUAUGCAAGAUGCCGAAAGGUAAUCUCGUAUAGCGGACGAAGAAAUGAAUGGCGGAGAAAUGGACGAAAUGAACGCAAGCCAGCAUGAUGACCAGAUGGAUGGAAGAUCACAAAGACCAAGCGCUUAUGGCGGCUCUCAAGCUAACAGAUCUAGAAGAGGUGAUGCUGAUAACGGCGAUGGAGCCAGCAGAGCUGGGGAAGCUGAAGAUGGUGAUAACGAUGGCGAAAACGGUACUUACGACGAAAAUGACGAAGAAAGAAAAGGCUCAGUCCGUGGAGACGGAGAUGAUGAAACUGGCAGCAGACGUCAAAGCGCCAAACCAAAGAGAUCUAGGCCCAUUGCUAAUGGCCACAAGUCUACUGAGAAGGCGAAGGACCUCUCUAAGGAUAACAGACUUCUUUGGAUGAUUAACUAACUCGAGCAAAACCUUGAGAAAUUCAAACCAGGUGAAAUGUGGAAGCCAGCCUACUAUCAAUGGCUCUUGGACUUCCUUGAUGAACGUGAUAACAGAAAAAUUUUCUUCUGGGUUGAUAACGAAGAAAUCAGUAUCUCUAUAGCUAACCCACCUAGAUACUAUGAUCUUGGAAUUGAUCCAGCAGAUUUUCAGGUUUGCUUCUUCCUUAAGAGACAGUGGGAAACACCAAUUACUUUCGCUAACAUCUAAGAAAGCUUGAUGGUCAGCGUGGUCGAUGGAGAUCCUUUAGAUGACUUAUUGAACAACAUGAAUGCUGAAUUCUUACCAAAGCUUCUUGGCGAAAAGAACUGGCCAGAGGGAGUAAAGAAAGAGUUCGUUGCCUAACUUCACAAGUUUAUGGCUGCCCUAACAGAGGCUUCACAUGCCUCCAAGGGGAGAACUACUCUCUAUAUUCCUAAUGAGGACUUAAGCGAUCCAGAAGCUGCUGCAAAGGACAAGGACUUACUCCAAAGACUUGAAUCAACAGUUAUUUACUGGACAAGACAAAUCAAGGAAGUCACUUCAAAUCAAGACUCACAACAGAGCACUGAGAGCACUAGUCCACUCGAUGAGAUCAAGCACUGGACAAGCAGAACAGCAAACCUCAAUAUUCUCAAUAUUCAACUGCAAAAACCUGAACUAAAGAGAAUCAUCAAUGUGCUAGACCUUGCUGGAAGUUCUUAUCUUCCAGGCUUCAAGGAUCUUGAGAAAAAGAUUAAAGCUGGACACGAAGAAGCUAAUGAUAACCUUCAGUUCUUGAACACAUUGGCAGAGCCUUGCAGAAAGAUCGAAAAUGCUGAGCCUAAGGACAUUCCAAAGAUCCUUCCUGAGGUACUAAACUGCGUGAGACUAAUAUGGGAGCUAAGCAAAUUCUAUAACUCCCCAGAGAGAAUGAAGGGAUUAUUGACCAAAAUCUCAAAUCAAAUCAUAAAGAGAUGUAGAGCAAAGAUCAACAAGGACGAUAUGCUCGAAGGAGAUGUUGAGAAAUGCAUGUAAGAUUUGGAUGAGAGCAUUGCCUGCUGCAGAGAAUGGAAAACUAUCUGUCUCAAAAUGCAAGGACUAAUUAAGAAGUACUCUACAAGAAAGAACUGGACUCUCGAUAAAGAUGAGACAAUCUUUGCUGAAAACGAAGCAUUCAUCCAAAGAUGCAAAGACCUAAAGGAAAUUUGCGAAGGCUAGCUCCAAUUCGCUAGAAAGAGUGAGAAGAUUGUGAUGCCUGUCUUUGGUGGUUCAAAAGGACCAGAGCUCACUUAAAACUUACUUGACUUAGAAAAAAUGUUUGAGAAGCACCUCUAAAACAUUAAAAAACUAGACUACGACAUCUUGGACGUCAAAAUUACAAAAUGGCAUGAUGACUACGGGCAAGUAUUCAAAGAGAGCAUCAAGAACAUAGAAAUCAUCUAUCAAAACAUCAUUGCUCUUGCCUUCAAGAACAUCUCAACAGUCCCAGACGCCAUUGAGAUGCUAGAAAACUUUGAUUCGCUCAGCAAGAGACCAAUGAUUAAAGACUAUGUACACAAGAAAGCAGCUGAAUGGGUUUACAAACUCUUUAUGGAUGAAGUCAAAGAAGUUGAAGAUAUGUUUGAGAGUCAACACAAGAAAAUGCCACCUAUGCCAGUCUCUCAUCCAAAGUUUGGAGGACUCGCUAUCUGGGCUCAAUCCCUUAUUGUUAGAAUUGAUAGAGCUAAAAAUGCCAUUGACACUUUGUACUUUAUCCCAGAACACCCACAUGCUAAGGAUGCACUUGAGAAGUAUCAAAAGCUCAGAACCUCACUCGAUAACUUCAUUGCUGGUUCAUGCUACAACAACUGGAAGAAAGAAAUUGAUAUGAUGGACACAAAGAACAUCGAUGAUAAGCUCGAAGUUCCCAUUUUGGUUAGAACUGAAAAUGCUAAGCACGAACUCCCAUCAUCACUUAACUCAAACCCAUUGUUCCAAAGAUCAAGAAAGAACGGUCUACUUGAAAGCAACUUUGAUACCGUCUUGCUAAAGGUAUUGAUUGAAGUCACUUACUGGACCAAGAUUCAGACACUUGGUUUUAUAACCAUUCCUCACACUGUGUCUAGACUUCUUGGAAGAAGAGAACAACUUAGAAUCCUAAGAGAAAAUGUGAUGUUGAUUGUCAGAGAUUAUAACAAUAUCAUACAUACUAUAUCUGACGAAGAUGAGAAAUCACUUUUCAAAGAGCACUUAGAUCUGCUUGACAGAACUAUUGAGCCAGGUAUUAAAAGAUAUAAUUGGGGUGCUGCUGCUGAUACCUUUGUCUACACUUGCAGAAGAGACUGUCAAGAUGUGUUUAAGAAGGUAAAGAAAUACCAGAAGAAUCUGCAAAAGAUCAACGAUGAAUUCGAAAAAAUUCAAACCACAACCCUCACCUCUAUCUAAAAGAGACUCUAUCAGCUUAGAGAGUUCAUUAAGGAACAAGAAGAGUGCUUGAAGCAAAAGGAGAAGGACUUCAGUGGCUCUUUCGAUAUAGUCAAGACAAAGAUUAUGAGAACCUAUGAGUUGUUCAUUCAAAGAGGUUCCAAGAUUCAAUCAGAGUGGUUGAGAUUUAUCAAUAAACAAGACAAGAAUCUUGAGAAGAGCUUAAAGCAAGCUGUUAAAAAUUCACUUAUGGAUUUAUCCAAGCAUAUCAGAGGUGAUAGCAAGCAAGAACUUGUCCCUAUUUUCAAGGUAAUGUCAAACCUUGACCCAGAAGAUGUUAACUGGAGAAUAUUCCACGACCCAACUCAUUAGGAAUUGAAGGAUUGCAUUUCCAACUUCAUUACCAAAAUCAUCACUGUGACUAGAGUUAUUCCAAAGCUCGAACGAGUUUUCAGAGAGGAAAGAGAGAAGAAGAUUGCAGUCAUUAAGAAGGAACUAGACGAGGCAGAGAAGAACGGAGGCGGUGCUGGAGGAGCUGGUAAAUUCGGAAGAGGAGGCAUGAGAAACCCUGCAGAUGUGAACUACCAAAACAUGACUGAAGAGGAGAGAGACGAGGAAUGGAGAAAGAGAUGGCAGUUGCCUAAAUUCUACGAUGUCAACAAGGAAAUCUAGUAUCAAGAGUACAUCUAGAAGAACAAGGGCAUUCAGAACACUUCCCACUAAAUCAUUGAGGGCAUUGAUCAAAUUCAGCAAAUCAUUGAAGACGACAGAAAAUUGUGGCAAGCCUCAGAUGAGUUCAGACAACUCUACAACAUCAGAUCAGACAGAGGCAGAAAGCGUAUCCUUCUUGGAAGCAAGGACGCUCUUGACCCAGAUCCAGUUCAAAAGUACAAGGACUCCAUUGAAAGUUUGAACGAUGUCUUGAACGACAUUAAGAACAAGGCUUCCCAAAAGCCAGAGCAGUUCAUCAUCCUAGAUUGCAGCAAGCUCAAGUAAACUCUACUCGAGCAAGGCAAUAAAUUCAUUCAAUAGCUCUUCGAGCAUUUGAUUCAAGAGUCCAAGGAGGAUCUCAGCUCACUGCUGAUGGAGUUCCAUGACACCAUUGAGGAACUAAAGACUCCAUCAAUUGAUCUUGCUCAUCUUAAGAAGAAUAAGGACAAGUACAACGAAGUCAAGAAUAAAUUACAUUUCUUGGAAGCCAGAAGGGAACCAAUCAAGAAGAAGUUCCAAUACAUAUUAGAUUAAGAAUAGGACAUUAGUAUGAAUGGUGGACUUUCAGAAGAAGAUAAGGCUAAGCUUUUGAAUAUGGAUGACGCCUGGGUUAAAUUCAAGGAUGGUCUUGAAGAGUCAAGUUUGAUCAUUCAGAAGAGUUAUGCUCAGUUAAAGACUGAGAUGGACCACACUAUUGAGGACUUUAAGAAGGAAGUCCAGGAUAACAAGAAGAACUUCCAAAAUCAAGCACCCUACUCAGUUGAUAAGAACGUUGAUAACCAGAAAGCCAAGGAAAAGCUUCAUGAGUUCAGACAAAUCACUAAGGAGCUCAGAGAGAAAGAAGAGGAUAUGAAGUUCGGUCUUGAGAUUUUCGACAUUGAGCCUAUGGCUUACCCUGAGUUAAGUAUAGUUGAAAAGGAGAUCACCCUGCUUACUGAAAUCUGGAAUGUCAAGGAGCAGUGGGACAAUGAAUGGAACAGAUGGAAACUUGAGAAGUUCUACGAUCUCAACAUUGAUCAUAUGGACGACAAGGCCGUUGAAUUCCAAGAAGGAAUCAAGGGAUUUGAUAAGGAUGUAAAAGAAGACUUCGAUGAGACUGCAGAGGAUUUCACUCUCGAGAAGGUUUUCGAACUUGGUCUUAACAAUCACGCUGAAAAGGUCUCUGAGUUAGCAGAUAAUGCGAGAAAGGAACUCAAGAUCGAAGUUCAACUCAAAGAAAUCAAGAGAAUGUGGGAGGAUGACCCAACAACAGAUCUAGAUAUCAUCAAAAUGAGAAGCAAGGCAAACAACGAGGAAUACUAUAAAAUUUAAUCUACAGAAAACCUCUAUCAGGUUAUUGAAGAUCACGUAGUAAAGCUCAGCAACAUGAAGAGUUCUCCAUAUUACAAGCAAUUCGAUGAUAAAAUCGAUUCAUGGGAAAACAACAUCGCAUAGAUUACUGAGACUCUCGAACUUUUGAUCCAAGUGCAAGGUAAAUGGUCUUAUCUUGAAAGCAUUUUCAGAGGUCAGCAAGAUAUCUCUAAGCAACUGCCUAGUGAGAGCGCUAUCUUCUAAAAGAUUAACAACGAUUUCAAGGUUGAAAUGGAAAGAAUCAACAAAGAAAGAAACGCCUACAAAUCACUUAUUAUUAAGGGCUUCAUUGGAAUCUUGCAAGAUCUCAACAGAAAACUUGAGCACAUUCAAAAGAACUUGAAUCAGUUCCUUGAAGGUAAGAGAGGUCUCUUCCCAAGAUUCUAUUUCUUAUCUAAUGACGAUCUACUCGAGAUCAUUGGUCAGGCCAAGGAUCCAGAGCCCAUUCAAAAGCACAUCAAAAAGAUUUUCGAAGGUAUUUCCAGCUUGAAAUUCAACCAACAAGGCAAAGGUCAAAACAGACAAUUCGAAAUCACAACCUUGGUCUCCCCAGAGAAAGAAGAAGUAGAAAUUAAGCAAGUUAUUGUUGAUGCCAGAGUUGAGUAGUGGCUCAAGGCAUUAAUGGAGGCUAUGAAAGAAGCUCUCAGAAAGAUAUUCUUCAAAUACUACCAAGAGAACAUGGGCAGUUCAAAGAAAUUGCCAGAGAGAGAAAAGCUUAUGAAAAUUAUUAGAAGUACUCAAGGUCAAGUCUUAAUUACCUGCGCUUAAAUGCAAUGGACUAAUGAAGUCUAAUAUGCCCUUUAACAACUUGAAUAAACUGGUCAAGUUAACGCUCUUAAGAAAGCAAGACAAACCUACAAAAAGAAAGUAGAGAACUACAUUGAAUUGGUUGAGAAGAGUGGACUCUCUAACUUAGAUAGACUUAAGCUAGUCUCUUUGAUUACUAUCGAAGAGCAUAAUAGAGAAGUUAUUGAAAGACUAUAUGCUUAAAAGAUUCAAACUCCUAGACAUUUCGAGUGGCUUUAACAACUUAGAUUCAAGAGAGGAAAUGAUGAGAAUGAGUAGCUAUACAUCUAAAUCGAUCAAACUAACUGCACUUUCGAUUAUGGCUAUGAGUAUCAAGGCAACAAUGGUAGAUUGGUCGUUACCCCACUUACAGAUAGAGCCUAUAUGACUCUUACUAAUGCCUUAAACAUGCAAAGAGGAGGUGCUCCACAAGGCCCUGCUGGUACUGGAAAAACUGAAACUGUAAAGGAUCUUGGAAAGAACUUAGCCUUCUUCGUUAUCAUCCAAAACUGCUCAGAUUCUAUGGAUUACAUUUCACUUGGUAAGACUUUUGCUGGUCUUGCCUUGUCAGGAUCUUGGGGAUGUUUCGAUGAGUUCAACAGAAUUGAGCUUGAGGUGCUUUCUGUCGUUGCCCAGUAAAUUCAAACCAUUCUUGAUGCAAUUAAGAAGGGAGAAUCUCAAACUUCGUUCUAAGAAAUGACUAUUUAAGUCCAAAAAGAUUGCGGUAUCUUCAUUACCAUGAAUCCAGGUUAUGCUGGCAGAACUGAACUCCCAGACAACUUGAAGAGUCUCUUCAGACCUGUUGCUAUGAUGGUCCCAGAUUUCAACACUAUUGCCAAGAUUAUCCUUAUGAGUGAGGGUUUCAAGAAGAACGAAGAGCUUUCAAAGAAGGUCGUUACUAUUUAUGAACUUAUGAAGAAGUAACUCUCUAAGCAAGAUCAUUAUGACUUCGGUAUGAGAGCUGUUAAAUCAGUACUUUCAGCAGCUGGAAGAGUCAAGAGAGAAAGACCUGAUUGUGAUGAAUUCACUGUUAUGAUCAAGGCUAUUAGAGAUAUGAACUUACCAAAGUUCAUUGCAGAGGACGUUGUCCUAUUCGAUAAUCUCUUCAUUGAUCUAUUCCCAGGCUGUGAUGAGCCAGAAAAUGACUGUGAUGAUUUACUCAUUGCUAUUGAAGAUUCCUUAAAGAAGAAGAACUUGCAACUUAAUGAGAACUUAGUUGUCAAGAUUCUCCAGCUGUAUGAGUCUAAGGUUACUAGACAUGGUAACAUGCUUGUCGGAGUCACAAUGUCUGGAAAGACUACUUGCUGGGAAAUCCUCGCAGAUGCCCUAAAUAUCCUUAAUGCUGAGGAGAGAGAAAAGAACGUGAAACCAGAAGACUGCAAGUAUCCAGCAGUCAAGUGGGAGUCAAUCAAUCCAAAAUCCAUUAACAUCAAUGAGCUUUUCGGUUACUUUGAUGAUGCUAACCCUCCUCAAUGGCACGAUGGUAUUCUCUCAUCAGUGCUUAAGAGAAUUUGUCAAGAAGCAAAGAAUGAUCACAGAUGGAUGAUUCUAGAUGGACCAGUUGAUACUCUUUGGAUUGAAUCAAUGAACUCUGUGCUUGAUGACAACAAACUACUCACCCUUAAUAAUGGAGAUAGAAUUGGUCUUUCCCCCAAUGUCAGACUAUUAUUCGAAAUCGAGAAUCUAGCAGUCGCUUCACCAGCCACAGUCUCAAGAGCAGGUAUGAUCUAUUUGGAUAUUGACGAACUCGGCUGGAAACCAUUAGUUGACUAAUGGAUUGCAGGCAAACCAGGUGAAGAAUUCAAAGAACUCCUAGAAGAGUUAUUCAACAAGUAUGUGCCAAAGGUAUUAAAAGUCAAGAAAAGUCAAUGCAAAGAACUAGUCAUCACAAGUGAGUCUUCUUGCGUUUUCAAUCUCUGCAAGCUCUUCGAUGCUUUGUGCAAGAAUCUAAAGAAAGCUGAUGAUGAGGAUUAAGAGACUUACUUCCUUUAUGUUGAAAAAUGGUUCGUAUUCUGUCUUAUUUGGUCUAUUGGAGCCACUGUUGAAGAACAGUCAAGAAGAGAAAUAGACUAUAUCCUCAGAGAUAUUGAAUCUAUGUUCCCUCAUUCAAAUACUGUUUACGAGCACUUUAUUAAUCACGAAAAGAAGGAUUGGGCACCUUGGGAUGAGAAGCUGCAAGCCAACUGGAAACCAGUCGAUAAGGAAUUCCAUAAAAUUAACGUGCCAACCAUCGACACUGUCAGAAAUAGAUACAUUGUUCAAUCAUUACUUGAUCAUGGAACUCAAGUUCUUCUAGUUGGCCAUUCAGGAGUAGGAAAGACUGUGCUAAUUGAAGGUAUUCUCCUGACUCUUGAUGCUCACGUUCACUACUUCACAAUUAACUUCUCAGCUGGUACCUCUUCUGAGAAUACUCAAGAAAUCAUUGAGAGCAACUUCGAGAGAAGAGCUAAAAACAAAUACAGACCUAAGAAUGCCAAGCAAAAGGCUAUCUGCUUCAUUGAUGAUCUAAACAUGCCAAGAAAAGACACCUAUGGUUCUCAACCCCCACUUGAGCUAAUCAGGCAAUGGCUAGACUAUGGAUUCUGGUAUGAUAGAACAAAGAUUCAACAAAACCAAAUUUGUGAUCUCCAAAUCCUUUCAGCUAUGGGCAAACCAGGUGGUGGUAGAGCUGAGAUCUCAAAAAGACUCUAAUCUAAAUUCCACAUUGUGAACUACACUAUCCCCACUGAGACUCAGAUGAAGAAGAUUUUCGAGACUAUCGCUGCUUUUAAAUUCCAGAUCUUCGACGAGGAGGUAAAGAAUCUGAGUGAGCCACUCGCUCUUUCAACAAUCUACUUGUUCAACACUAUCCAAGAGAACUUCUUACCCACACCAGCUAAGUCUCACUAUGUCUUCAACAUGAGAGAUAUUUCAAAGGUUUUCUAAGGAAUCUAUCUCGCUGAUAAGAACUUCUAUGAAGGCAAGGAACACAUCAUCAAGCUCUGGACUCAUGAGAUCCUUAGAGUGUUCCAUGAUAGACUGAAUUCUUUCGAGGAUAGAGAGCAAUUCAAAACCUACUUGAACGAACAGCUCUCCCUUCAAUUCCAAAUGGACUACAAGGAGCACUGCCAGUCAAACGGUGAAGAUGCAGUCUAUGUAGACUUCCUAAAUGAAAACAUGAAAGUUUAUGAAGAAGUCACAAACUUUGACAAGCUUAGAGAAUACCUUAUGGACUAAUUAGAGAGCUACAAUUCUUAACCAAAGCUUAUUAAGAUGGAUCUUGUGCUCUUCAAGGAUGCUAUUACUCACAUUGCAAAGAUCUAUCGUGUCAUCAACCUUAAGAGAGGUCAUUGCUUCCUAGUCGGAGUCGGUGGCUCAGGCAGACAUUCUCUUACUAGACUAAGCGCCUACAUCUCAGAAAUGAACGUAUUCCAACUAGAGGUAACUAAGGGUUUUGCUUUGAGACAGUUCAGAGAGUUCUUAAAGAAUAUGUAUGAGAUCGCAGCCUAUAAAGGCAAGAAUAAGCUGAAGUCAGUGUUCAUCUUCUCAGAUAACGAUGUUGUACAAGAGUCAUUCCUUGAAGAUGUAAACAACAUGCUCAGUACUGGAGUAGUGCCUAACCUGUAUAUCCCUGAUGAACUCGGAAAGAUCAGAGAUGAGAUCAGACGACCCUAUAAACAAGCAGGUGGAACUAUUGAUAACCCUGAUGCUUUGAAUGAAUUCUUCUUCAACAGAGUUAAGGACAACUUGCAUUUGAGUAUUUGCAUGAGUCCCAUUGGUCAAGCAUUCAGAGAUUACUGCAGAAUGUACCCAGCACUCAUCAACAACACUACCAUCAAUUGGUUUAUGAGAUGGCCUGAUGAAGCCUUGACUGAAGUAGCUAUGAAAUUCGUUGGUCAAAUGGACCUCCUCUAAGAACUCAAGCCAGGCCUUGCCAAGCUUUGCAGUUUCGCUCAUUCAACUUGUAUUGAAAGCUCGACUCUCAUGAACAAAGAACUCAAGAGAGUUUUCUACGUUACUCCAACCAACUACAUUGAACUCCUUAAAGGAUAUAACACAAUUCUCACACAAAAGAGAAAGGAGGUUGGUAACUAAAUUUCAAAGCUAAGAAACGGUCUACAAAAGCUAGACGAUGCUCGUAAGCAAGUAGAGGAAAUGACUUAAGAAUCUGAAGUCAAGAGAGCUGAGGUCAGCAAGUAGCAAAAGAUCUGCGAGGAUCUCAUGAUUACUAUGAGCAAAGAGCAAAGAAACGCCGAUGAACAGCAAAAGAAAAUAGAAGGUGAAAGAGUUAAGAUCGAGAAGGAAAAAGAAGAGACUGAGAAACUUGCUGCUGAUGCUGAAGCAGAGCUUAAGAAAGCUGAGCCAGCACUUCUCGCUGCUCAAGAGGCACUUGAAAGUCUUGAUAAGAAAUAUAUUGCUGAAAUCAAGUCAUUCGCUUCACCACCAGUCGAUGUCGCCACUGUCAUGUCUAGUGUCAUGAUCGUCCUAGGAAAAGACCCAACCUGGGCUAGUGUCAAAAAGGAACUUGCUGAUCCAAAAUUCGUCGAUAAGAUCAUGAAUUUCGAUAAGGACAACAUUUAACCAAAAACUCUCAAGGCUAUUGAAAAGUACACUAAACAAGAAAACUUUUAACCAGCCUACGUUAAAGAAAAGUCAAUGGCUGCUGGUGCUCUCUGUAUGUGGGUGAGAUCUCUAGAAGACUACGCUAAGGCUCUAAAGGUCGUAGGUCCAAAGAGAGACAAGAAAGCUUACGCUGAGGAGCAACUUAGAAAGAAGGUUGAGUAUCUCUUUAAACUAGAGGAAGAAUACAAGGAACUUGCAGAAAAACUUGCUGAACUAGAUGCCAAUUAUCAAAGAACAAUGGCUGAUAUGUCAAGUUACAAGAAAGAACUUGAAGACUUACAAACUAAGAUUGAUAGAGGUGAUAAAUUGAUCACAGGUCUAUCAGGUGAAAAGACCAGAUGGGAAGCUUCAUUGAUUGAAUUAGAUGAUCAAUACGAAAAGCUUGUUGGUGACUGUAUUCUGGCUGCUGCCUUUAUGAGUUAUUGCGGUCCUUUCCCUUCUGAAUACAGAGACAAUCUUAAUUCAAACUGGAUCUCAACUGUCGAACUUGAGAGAAUUCCAUUCACUCCAAACUUUGAUUUCUCAGAGUUCAUGGCAGGUUAAGCUGUUGCCAGAGAGUGGCAAAUGAACGGACUCCCAACUGAUAAGUUCUCAUUCGAAAAUGGUGUGCUCGUAACCAGAGGACUCAGAUGGGCUCUUAACAUUGAUCCUCAAAGUCAAGCUAACAAUUGGAUUAAGAAAAUGGAAGGAGACACUCUUGUCAUCGCUGACUUCAAAGAUAAUAACUAUAUAAAGAAGAUUGAGUAGGGUAUUGUCCAAGGAAAACAAGUACUUUUCUAAGAUGUUGAGCAAGAAAUGGAUCCAGUACUUGAUAAUGUUCUUAACAAAUCACUAGUCAUUAUUGGAAAGAAAGCAAUCAUUAAGCUAGGAGGAAAUGAUAUUGAAUACAAUAGAAACUUCAAGCUCUACAUUACAACCAGAAUGUCAAAUCCACAUUACACUCCAGAAGUAUCAACCAAAGUCUGUCUGGUGAACUUCACUGUCAAAGAGUCAGGUCUUGAAGAGCAAUGCUUAGGUAUUGUCGUGAAAAAGGAACAGCCAAAUCUUGAGCAGACUAAGAAUGAUGUUGUCCAAAGAAUCGCCAAUAACAAGAGACAGCUUAUUGAGCUAGAAGACAAGAUUCUUAGAAUGCUUUCAGAAUCUAAGGUGAAUCUCUUGGAAGAUGUUUCUCUUAUCUCAACUCUUCAAACAAGUAAAGAGACAUCUGAUGAAGUCAAGUAAAAUCUUGAACAAGCUGAGUAAACAAUGAAAAGAAUUGAUGAUACAAGAGAAACUUACAGACCAUGCGGUAAAGUUGCAUCUAUUCUAUUCUUCGUUUUGAAUGAUCUCAACAAGAUUGAUCCAAUGUAUCAGUUCUCGCUGGAGUGGUACAAAAAAUUGUUCCAAAAGUCAAUUGAGGACAGUAAAGAACAGGGGUACGGAGAGAGACAAAAGAAUAUUCUCAAAACCCAUUAGCUUGCAGUUUACAGAUAAGCAUGCAGAUCAUUAUUCGAGAAACAUAAACUCUUAUUGAGUCUUCAAAUUUGCGUUAAACUAAAGAUGGCCGAAGGAGAAAUCAACGAAGAAGAAUGGACAUUCUUCCUCAGAGGAGGCUAAGUAAUGGAUAGAUCUACCCAACCACCUAAACCACCCUUUGAGUGGAUUACUAACACUGCUUGGGAUAACAUUACUGAACUCGAAAAGAUGUUACCAGAAACCUUUGUCGGUAUUGCUAAUGCUAUCACUCUUAAUCCUAAGGAAUGGUAGAGAUGGUUCUUGUCUUCAAGGCCUGAGCCAGAAAAUGCUCCACUUCCAGGUGAGUGGGAAACCAAAUGUGAGGAUAGACUUAAGAAGAUGAUUGUCUUGAGAUGUCUCAGACCAGAUAGAGUCCUCUUCGCCAUUAGAAACUUUGUCGAACAUUACAUGAGGAAAGACUUCGUCGAGAACAAGCCAACUCAACUUUAAGAGGUUUAUGAUGAAUCAUAGCCAGAUACUCCAAUCAUCUUUGUGCUUUCACCAGGUGUAGAUCCAUCCGAUCAACUUAAGAAAUUCGCUGAGAAGCUAAAUCAAAAGAUUGAAUCAAUAUCUCUUGGUAAAGGCCAGAGUGAGAAAGCUAAGAGAAUCCUAACUGAAGGAGCUGAUAAGGGUAACUGGGUAUUCUUGGCUAACUGUCAUCUAUCAAUCAGUCUCUUGCCAGAACUAGAAUCAAUCAUUGAUCUAGUGUUUAAACAGCAUAACGAUCCUAACUUCAGACUAUUUAUGUCUGCUAGUCCUCAUCCCAAGUUCCCUAUUUCUUUAUUGCAAAGAUCACUGAAAGUCACCUAAGAGCCUCCAAGAGGAAUUAAGGCAAACAUGCUUAGACUUUAUGAUAAUAUGGGAACAUUUUAAGAGGUAGAUCAAGACAAGAACUUCAGAAAAGCAGUGUAUGGUCUCUGCUGGUUCCAUUCUAUUCUCAUUGAGAGAAAGAAGUUCAAGACUCUUGGUUGGAACGUAUCUUAUGCUUUCAACGACUCAGAUUACUCAGUUUGCGAAGAUUUACUUGCUAUUUAUAUGGGAAGAUUGAAGGAUGGAAAACCAGCCGACACCUAUGAUAAGAGAGCCGCUCUUCCUUGGCAAGCUAUUCAAUAUUUGAUUGCUGAGGCUAACUAUGGUGGUAGAAUUACAGAUGAUAGAGAUAGAAGACUUAUUAAGGUAUACGCCAAAGAGAUCUUCAAUGAGACAGUCAUUACAGCUGAAAAGUGGAAGCCACCUCAAACAGAUGAUCUGACAUACGGUUAUCCAGCAGAUGAGCAAAACGCUAAGCACCCAGAUCAAGCUGCUCUAUUCACUCCAGACUUCUUCUAUGAUGAAAUUCUUAACAAGAUGGAGAGCAUUGAUUAUCCAAUAGCAUUCGGCCAACAUGUAAAUGCUGAAAUCACAUCUUAAAUUUUGGACUCAAGUGAUCUACUUGACUCUAUACUUAGUUUACAACCCCAAAAGGUUUCAGCUGACGGUGAAUCAAGAGAAGAUAAAGUUAUGAAACUAAUUAACGAUCUAUAAGAAAAUAUGCCACAAUAACUUGACAUAGGAGUGCUAAAGUACAAAUUCAGAAACGAUGAGAACCCACUGAAUGUAGUCUUAGUUCAAGAAAUCUCAAGAUACAAUAUUCUUUUGAAUGUGCUUUUAAGUUCUCUCGACCAACUUGACAAAGGAAUUAGAGGUUUCGUAGUCAUUUCACCAGAACUAGAGAGCAUUAUGCAAUCAUUAUAUGAGAACAAAGUACCCAAACAAUGGGGAUUCGCAUUCUUCUCACUUAAACCACUCGCUGUUUGGAUUAGAGAUCUUAAUGAAAGAUAUAAGUUCUUUGCUGAUUGGGCUGCUAAGAGUGCUCCAUUUGUAUUCUGGAUCUCAGCAUUCACUUACCCAACCGGUUUCACCACAUCGCUAUUGCAAAGAUUCAGUAGAAAGCCAAAUGGUGCUCCAAUCGAUAAAUUGGAAUUCGACUUCAUUCCUAUUCCAAAGGCUCUUAAGGAUGUUAAUGAACACGCUAAGGAUGGAGCAUACAUUACUGGACUCUACUUAGAAGGUGCUAAGUGGAACUUCGAAAAGCAAUGUCUCAUGGAACCAGAGGUCAUGGAACUUCAAGUUCUCAUGCCUGUCAUUCAUUUCAAGCCUAUCCAAAAGAGAUCAAAGCCACCUCAAAAUGUCUAUGAGUGUCCAUGCUACUAUUAUCCUAUCAGAGAAGGUACAAUCGACAAGGAUUCCUUUAUGCUAAAGAUUGAUUUGAAGACUGGUGAUCAAGCCUAGGAGUUCUGGAUCAAACGUGGUACUGCUCUACUAAUGUCUCUUGCUAAUUGA